AUGAAAAAAUCUGUUCUGAUGCAAAUAGUAAAUUCAAAUAGCGAAAAUUUAAAAGAUAUUAGUAGAUAACUAUUGAAUAUUGGUAAUCAAACUCAUGAUUAUUCUUAGGUAUUAGAAAAGUAUUCUAUGAAUUAUCAAAACCCUUUGAAUAAAUAUUGUUCCCAGAACAUAUGAUCAAAUUACUUAGUGUCUUUCAUUAUAUGAUAUAAGAAUAAACCUUAUUAAAAGAUGAAUUUAUCGAUAGUCAUAUUUUCAGCAUUACAAAUUCUUAAGAAGGCAACGCCAUUAUGGAAAGAUUAUAAACAGAUUUAAAUUUGACUGUCUCAAGAAGUGUAAAUUUGGCUCCUAAUUGGGAUUGCACACCUAAAUCUUAUAUGCAGGAGAAUUACUUUAAGGCUAGUCCAGAAUAAAGGAAAAGUGCUACAGAUAAAAAAAUUGAGUUUUAACAAUUAAGAGAUCCACUUAACUAUUAAUAGAUAUUGUAGCUUUAUUACAUUUACUUGAAAAAAUUAUGUAUGUAAUAGAAUAGUGGAGUACCUAUUAUAGAUUGUUAUGUAAUUCAGAACAUUUAGUGUAUGGGAUUGAGAAUUAUAGAGGGUUAAAGGAAUUAAAAACUUGCUUUUUGUUUUAAUUUAAUAAUUAAGGAUAUGAUAUAAUAUCAAUCAUAAAUAAUAGACUUGGUGACUAAUUCUAUGAACAAUAUUGAGAAGGCAUAAAUUAAUGAGAUUUAUGUUCAAAUGUAUCUCUACAGCAAAUAAUUGAAGUAUUAUGGAAAGUAAAAUAGAGUAAAGAUAGACUAAUCUCAUUUUAAUGAGUUUAAGAAAAAUUACAAUAUUUACAAAUUAAAACUUAAGCUUUGUGAAUCUAAGGAAAGAAUGGAGUAGAAUGAUUUAAAAGAUGAACAAAAUUUCUUUAAUUAUGAAAGAACUCAACUAUACAAUUAAUUCUGA